AUGGCGUCGCGGAGCGUCCGCAAACAAGUCGUGACGACCACGACGACGGCGCCGUCGUCCCAGUACGUUUCGCAGCAAGACGACGCGGACAGCCCGGCGAACCCGGUGUCGCCUCGGACAUCUCGCUCGUCGGACACCAACGCCGGCGGGAGCCGCGAACGCUCGCGCUCGCCGCUCUCGGCGUCCAGGGUUUCGAGGAUUCAGGAGAAGAACGAGCUGGCCCACCUCAACGGCCGGCUGAAUGCGUACAUCGACCGCGUGCGUCACCUAGAGUCGGAAAACAGCAAGCUGACCAAACAGAUGACGAGCGAGGAGACCCGCACCCGGGAAGUCGUCAGCGUUAAAAUCAUGUACGAGCGUGAGCCUGUCGACGCACGCCGCACCAUCAACCUGACCGCAAACGAGAGGGCCAAACUGCAGCUCGACGCCAAGAAGUGGCAGACAGAGGCAGAGACCCUGCAAACGAAACUCGCCAAACGAAAACGCGAGUGGUCCGCAGCUGAGCAACAGGUCACAUCGCUCGAAUCUCAAAACGUUGACCUCCAGGGACGUCUGAAUCAGGCCCUUGCACAACUCAAGGAUCCGGAGGCAGAGCGGGACGCGAUGGCGAAGGAGCUUGAGAAGCUCCGCAAAAAGCUGGAGGCGGAGAUUCUGCGGGACGUCGAACUGCGGAACAGGGCCAAGACCCUCUCCGAAGACCUCGAUUUCCGGAAGUCCCUCUACGAGAAGGAGCUCCAGGAGGUGCGCGUGGCCAAGCAGACGGAGAUCACGGAGAUCGACGGGUGGCUGAAGGAGGGCUACGAGCUGCGCCUGGCGGACACGCUGAUGACGCUGCGAGAACAGUACGAGUCGCAGAUGCAGCUGGACCGGCAGAAAACGCAGGACAUCUACGAGAACAAGAUGCGUGACCUUCAGAGACUUCUCGAUCAGAGCUCCAGCGACAGCUCCAGCAAGAUGGAGGAGAUGCGGGCGUACAUGUCGCGCCUCGAGGGACUCAACUCCAAGAUCUCGGGGCUCGAGUGGCAGAACCUGUCCCUGACGGCCCGUGUGCGAGACCUGGAGCGUCUGCUGGACCAGGAGCGGGAGUGGCACGGCCGGGCCCUGAUGGCCAGGGAGGAAGAGAUCUCCCGGUUGUGGGCGGAGAUCGAGGACCAGCUGCGGAAGUACCAGGACCUGCUGGACAUCAAGGCGGCUCUGGACCUCGAGAUUGCCGCGUACCGCGAGCUCCUGGAGGGCGAAGAGUCCCGGCUGCACAUUACGCCCAGCGCAUCUACCAGCGGGUCUGAGAUGUACACCAGUCCGCUGCUCCGAGGCGCCAAGCGCAAGCGGACCUUCUCCCACCGAGAGGACCAGUCAAACUUCGACGUCCAGGUCUCCGCAUCCGCCAAGGGGGACCUGGAGAUCACGGACCACUGCCCAGACGGAAAAUACGUCAUCAUAAAGAACAAGGGCACGAAGGAGAUUCCAUUGGCUGGCUGGCGGAUCGACCGCAGGUCCGGCAACGAUGACUUCACCUUCCGGUUCCACCGGAACCACAUCAUCCAACCGGGAACCACCAUCACGGUAUGGAGCUCCGACGCCGGUGCAGCACACAGCCCUCCGUCGGACCUGGUCAUGCGCAACCAGCAGUGGCCCCACGUUGAACAGAUGCGCACUGCCUUGCUCAGCGCUGAUGGGGAGGAGGUGGCCUUUCGGGAAAACCGGCGGCGUCAGUUCACGCGCCUCUCGGAAAGGUCGUCCGGCGCAGGAGGAUAUUCGACGGGGCGUGAGCCCCUUUUCCACGAGCACGAUCCCAACGAGCCCAACCGCUGCUGCGUGAUGUAAAGAGGCAAGAAAAAAAUGAAAAAAGUCAUUAGAGUGGCGGAACCUUAGUGCCAUUUAUUUUAUUGGUUAUAUUCCUUUUGCCUUUCUCUGUACUUCUCUCUUGACCCACCUGUUUGUGACUGCAGUUGUUUUAUCCUUAAAAGAAAGAAAAACAGAAUAGCUUAACGUGUCCCCACAUAACCUGUCUAAAGCAUUUCUGUAACUUGUUAACUUCAUAUUCUAACCCCUUUGUGUGCGUGCUUUUGUUGCUGUCGUUUCAUGACGCAUGUAACCUACAUCAUGUUACAUUAAAGUGCUGUCUUGUUCGUAGUGUAGUGCUUGUUCGUUUAGUUUUGUGGACAGGGGAACCACAUUACUUGCAGCAAACCUUGCGUGGUGUUUGCUAUGGUUUUUCCAAACUUUUUUCCUGUGUUGGAGAUAAAACCUUCAGUUUUUAAACCUUAAUCGCUUUAGAAAAAGGGUGUAACUGCAACAUCACUGCAAUAGGUUUCGGGAGG